AUGACUGACCAACCCGCAGGCUUGUACCUUGGAAUUGACCUUGGGACAACCACCAUCACUGUGAGCUGGCAAUGGUCCAACAGCGAGCUGAAGCAUCUUCUGAAAUUCAACUCACCCUACACUGAAAAAACCAACGAGGAGCUGGACGCAACCCUAGCCCGUUCGCGGAACAACUGGUAUUAUGGGCUGGAUGUGCGGUACCUAUCCGAUGUCAUCACUUUUGAAAAUAUCAAGCUGGGGAUCAUUGGUCAGGAGCCAUAUACAAACUUACUGAAGGAGUCCUUUCGUGCGGCAAAUCAGAAACAUCGCGUGACCGAGACCCCAGUCACACUAUUCCGGAACCUUUAUUUGCACAUCUUGGACACCCUUGCAGCUCAAUUCCUCGAUCCGAAUGAAAGCCAGAGCCACUGCGGUGAUCGGAAUUUCAGUGAGAUUCAAAAGCACUGCUGGGUGACGUAUCCGGUGAGGCACAGUGAAUCGCUGAAGAUCACGCUCGUCGAAGCCGCGCUUGCAGCGGGGUUCGAUGGAGUCAAUGGAGUCUCAGAGUCCUUGGCAGCGGCCUGUUUUGUGGCAUUUCACGCCAAGCACGCCAUCUCUUCUUCCAGGACCAUGUUGAUUAUUGAUUGCGGUGGUGGAAGCACGGAUGCUGCCACCGUAUACAUAGACGGCGACGGACGAAUUAAGCAAGCGUGCCCUACAGAUGGGUUUAAUGGAGGAGGACACAUGAUCAAUCAUGUCGCACGCGACUGGCUGCAGGACAAGUAUCCAAAUAAUGAUUAUUUGCGGGACGACAAACGGUGGAUGGGGAUCUCGUCCCAGUUCGAAGGAUGUAAACGAGUCUUUGACGGCACAUCAUCGGUCAAAGUGGAUGUGAUGGGUGAUUUCAUUUCAAUAGAUUGUGCCGAAAUGGCCAAUUUCUUUCAGCCUUUGAUAUCAAAUAUCUUGGACCUCUUUCACAAGCAAUAUCAGAAUGCCGAGGAGAACGGCCAUGCAGUCGGCGACUUUGUCCUUUGUGGUGGGCCUGCACGAAACCACUGGUUCGCCAAAACGAUCUUUGAUCUAAUUCAAAAAUCGCAGCCUGGAAUAACAUGUGCAGCGGAAGUUCUGGUAGGAACUGUGGCAAAUGGAGCACUUUCUUACGCCCGACGCCCUGUGACUGAGGGCCAACCUGCCGGACGAGGAAGCCACGUCGAACUUAUGAAGACCGUCUACCGAGACCGAACUGACCGAGCCAACCGCAUCGUUUCGUCCAAGGCAUACAGAACUACGCCGCAAUUUGAUCGCCGUCAGAUACGCGCUAAUGAUCGAAUUGAGUGGGAUUGUCGAAUUAUCUAUCCGCUGAAAGGGCUGCGGUCGCAUCUCCACUUUUUGGGAUGCAUAGAAGCGGAGAUCCCACAUGAAAUACUCUUUCCUGCGGGGAGUAGCCACGACAGAAAGGAAGCGUACUUUAUCGUAUCAAUCAAACCGGAGGGACAGCUGUUGAAGGUGGGUGUUUCACUCAAGCGAGAUGGCGAUACACCUUUGGUACUUCGAAAGUCAUACGUGCCCGCGGCCAGCUGGGCCCCUGAAUCGGAGUUGGACUUGGAGGGGAAACAGUAUGGUGACUCUAUGCCAUUCCCCCCGGGCGGAGUGAAUGGGGCCGGACGGAAACGGAAGCGAAGUGUACCAAAGGCGAUCCGCCCAUAUUCUCCCAGGCCAGUGCGGACGGCAAUGAAGCCCGGCCUACCGUCUGCUUCAUAUGUUCAUCCCACCGUGGCAGAAAAGAAGACAUUGCCGGCACGGUCCCUACGCACAACGUUGAGUUUCAACGCAUCUAGCGCUUCCGAGGCUGUGACACUACCCACUGUCGGAUUUUUAACACGCCCAGGUGAGUUUCAUCACUGUUUUCUUGCAUUCUGCAACCGGAUCUCUGAGCAGAUUCACUCAAAGUAG